UAUUGUCAAUAUGAUUCCGUGGUAUAUAAUAAAACAUUAUCUGCAGAAACAUUCCAGGUUUUGUACAUCAACAGUCAUCCUCCUCUUGUUUACAUUCAUUUUCCACAGAUAUUUCUCACUGAUCCUCAUAAUUUGGUCCUUUAUAUUUGGAUUAGCGGUAACUUACAGUUGCAUUAGCUCUGACACCAUUUUACCAAGUCUCCUGUUUUUGUACCAACGUAAGAAAAAACCGGAUGAUGAGGAUGAUGAAUUAACGUUAAUGAAGACUGUGUGUACUGUUUGUGGCCAGCGUCGCUGCCCAAGACACAGACCAGAGCUGAACAUACUAGCCUUUCAACCCUGGACUUACUUGAAAGUCAGACAUAAAGUUGAUGAGUCUAUUGAAGAGUUUGCUAAUAUUGUUUUAAAGGAAUUCCUUUACACCUGGUACAGGGACCUGAGUACAGAUGAGGGCUUCCCUGAUGAACUAAAAACCAGCAUCCGAUUCUUAGCCUCUGUUCUACUCAGAAGAUUGAAAAAGGUGGAUAUUCCAAAACUAGUCAGUGAAAAACUGAUAAAAGCAGCUCUUCAACACCUGCAUGUUUACUUAGAAGCAAGGAAGCAUGCUCCUCUUGGAGGUGACCUUCAGCAGCUGACCUUGGAGCAGUUGGGACCUAACAUGCAUGUAGCGAUGUUGAGUCGUAAAUGUGAGUUGGAGUACCUCCGUCGAUUGGUGGAAUCUCUGUUUCCCUACAUCCUCCCUCCCCAGGCUGUUAAAUCUAAAUGUACAUGUGGUCUGAUCAGGGAGAUCUUAGCUGGCUCUGUUCUCCUCCCAGCCCUGGAUGCUGUAGCCAACCCUGAUAUGGUGAACAAUUUGAUUCUGAUUUUCCUGGAUAAAACACCACCACCUGCUGCCACAGAGCCACCUUCUCCAUACGUACCAUUCCUAGAAAACUUUGCCAAACCUCUGACUAAAAAUAAAUCAUGCCUGAGAGUUGAGCUUAAGGACAUUCUUUUUAGAAAUAGCCCCAAACACCUGUACCCAUUCAUGCAGUUUCUGAAAAAUGAAGGAGCUAUAAAUGUACUUCAGUUCUCCUUAGCUUGUGAGGAUUUUAACACCCGUAUCCUGAGUCCAGAGCUGUCCCAGGGAGAUCUAGUAGAGCUUCACAACAUGGCUAAGGACCUGUACAGAAGUUACUGUGCUAAGGACGCCGUGGACAGAAUUAAGUUUGACGAGACCAUCGUCAGUGAGCUGGCAGAGGUUGUGGAGGGACCUCCAGACCAGGUUGUGAAGUUGCGGACGUCCACUCCUCUUUUCAAAGCCUAUGACCACACAUAUGAUUUGCUGGAGAACACAUUUUUGCCUCUCUUCCAUCAAAGUGAUGAUUACUACACCAUGUUGUGUGGGAGCAGAGAACCAACCCAGAUCAUGAGGGCUAUGCCAAAUGUGUUACCCCUCUCCAGACCAGUUCUGUAUAACAAUAGACCAGUAGAAAGGAGAGGGUUUGGACUUUCCAACAUUGGGACCAAGAUAAAGGGUGUAUUUAAAAGUGGAGAAAUGAAGUCCCUGCCAGAGACUGGACUUGAUUUUGAAGAUGCUGACAAAGUUACAAUAAGCUCCUGUAAUUCCUUGGAUGAUGAGAUUUCUGAUUCUGCCGUCGGAGUCGAUGAGUUGCCAGACUUCACUGAGAUGACCAUUCCUGAUCUUAGUACGUGGAGGGUGUCCAUCCCACGAAUUGGGGCUAGGCCUGACCCUGAUAACUUUAAGAAGCAGUUUUUUGUAUUCAUCAUCGAUGUCCGUAGGGUGGACUUAUCUGACGAAAAUCUCGGAGAUCGCUCUAAAAAAGCUAACUGGACAGUUGCUAGAAGGUAUAAUGAAUUCUACGUACUUGAAAACAAGCUAGCAGAGUUUCAUGAGGGCCUUCUGCAGGAAUGCAAACUUCCUCCUAAAAAAGUAAUCGGAACGAGUAAGCACGAGUUCAUUGAGAGCAAGCGAGAACAAUUUGAGGCUUAUCUACAGAAAUUGUUAACUAAACCUUACUUGACUGGAAGUCAACUUCUCUAUAACUUCCUGUCAACAGACGAUGAAUUUUCUGCAGGGUUUUUAUCGGACAUUAAACUAGGGAAAAUGUUCAAGUCAGGAGCUAUGAAGCUAGUCAAAGAGAGAGGUCAGCAUUUAGACAUGUAUCUGAAUUCCUUUGAGCAGUCAACUAUAGCCCCACCUCCUAAACCCAGUAAGCCAGAGAGGAGGGGAUCGGAUACUUCUCUGAAGUCCACCUCCAGCGAGAAGCUGUGUGCGGGCUUGUAUGAAAACAACGCCAAUUACUCAAACGACAGUAUUUGUUCCAAUCUGUCUCGGAGCUCGGACGGACAAGAGUGGUAUCCCAUGGCAACCUCAGACAUGGACUCCUACAGAGGACAAGAAAUAGAGGGCCCGUUUGAUGUCAUAGUUUACAUCUCUCGUUAUGUGUAUGGUGUGCCUGAUUGGUUCCAUCACCUGCUGAUGACGGGGAGAAUUCUCUUUAAAUCCACCUUGGAACAUUACUUACAGCUAUUUAUAGAACAAAAAGUAGAACAGGUCACUCAGGAACACAGAGUUGUGUCCCUUGUCCAUUUACUCAGGGAUGUGUUGUUUUUUGACAAAGAUCCUCCCAGGACAGACGAACAGAAGAGUGAGAGAUACCGUACAUGUCUUCAGGGUUGUCUGGAUUUCUUACCAAGUAGUUUUGUCUCAGUGGUGGGCAGAAGGAACCAUGAACAAGGGACAAAACUCUUGUUAGAAGUUCUGCAGCAACCAAAACUUAACAAACAGUUAUCCUACGUGUUUUUGGACAUUCUUGUACAGGAAUUAUUCCCCGAGCUGAGAGGAUAGGCAGCAAUUGUUACAAUGGUUAUGACCUCAAUGUUAAGCAGUCAUUGUUACAAUGGUUAUGACCUCAAUGUUAAGCAGCCAUUGUUACUAUGGUUAUGACCUUAAUGUUUCUGUAUACUUUUUAUAGUAUUAGUUGCCACCAAUUAUUGUUCUACAAAAGCUCACAUAACUUCACACAAUAUGUGAUAAUUAGAUUUUACUUGUAAAUCUAUUGAUGUCAUUGCUGCCCAGUUCUCUCCUAUGAUACAGGUUACAUGUAACAUUUCAAUAUUAGAAAUUCAGUUACGGAAUUGAAGAGCUGUAAACUACAUGUUAUUUAAUUUUUUUGAUAGGCUGAAUUUGUGUUUAAGUUCAGAGAAAUAAAAAUUUGGUCUUCCCUUGUCCACUUAAAAUGUCUGUGAAAAGUUUGUAAUAUAGUUUUAGAUUAUUGCUGAUGUAUAUAGCAAUGAUUUUUAAUGAAAUUGCUUACUAAUAGUACUGACAUUUUUUUUUUAAAUUAAGAUUUGAAAUUUGAAUGUUACGUAAAGCCCAGACAUGUGUAUAAUAAAAUACCAAUUAUUCUAAUUAUGAACUAAACUGAUAAGAUGUAGUAGAUCAUGGUAGAAAUUGUCACAAUGAAUUUGUUUUAUCACAACACUAUUAUGUUUAAUGUUAGUGAGUAUCCUUAUCUUCUAACAAUGUUAACAGAUGAAUUGAAAUGGCAGUGUAUAUGUUACUCAUGUAUGAUAUCAAUAGUCUCUGUGCCAACAAAGUUCUCUGUCACAAAUCUACAUCAAUACAGUUCUGAUCAUGUGUAGCUUAAGCAUUGAUUGAAUUGUUUCCAAAUUAAAGAAUUGAUAAGGAUGUCCCUAUUUAAAUCUCACCAUACAACUUGAUGAGAUUUUUGUAUUUAUAUAAAGUCAUUGGAUUUUUUUUUAUAUUUUGUCCUACUUGUAUGUAUUGUUUCUCAGAGGCAUUUAAAUUUAUGAUGUAUAAAUUUGCACAUAGUUCCUAGUAACUAGAAUUAUUUUGAUUUAUUGCGAACUGUGAUAAACAUUGAUGUUACUACAUUAUAAUACCUACCAAUUCUUAUUUCAUUGUGUAGAGUGUCAGAUGAAUCUGAGCUCAUUAACAGAAUUGACAAGAUGAGCUCGUUAACAGAUUGAAUUGAUGAGGUGAUAAGCUCGAGAUUUUGUUGACAUAAUUUAUUUGUUCAGGGUUUUCAGUCACAGCUUCUUUCAUACACAUUACUUUCAUUCAAAUAUUAAAACUAAAUGCAUGUACAUGUAUUGUUUAUGCUUGAUAUUAAAGAAUUAUGUAUUACUAUUUUCACUAAGAAAUAAUAUCAUUGAUUUAGAAUACAGAAACAAAAUAACCUUUUAAAACUUCUAAAUGGAUGUGAAACAAUAUCUACAUUUAUUAAUUCUGACUCUCCCCCUGUAGUAAUCUAUAAUUUGAUAGGCUUAGUUCAUAAUGUAUCACACAACAUUGUUGAAAAUGAAGUUUUAUUAAUUUAUUGCAGUAUAAUGUUGACUUUGUUUUGUUGAGUUGCAUAAUCAAACUGUACAUGUGCAAUACUGUUGUCUGUGAUAAUAAAUAUUUGACACCUUA